UAGCAUGCAUGCAGCAGCGCGCAACGUGCCAUCUACGGCAAUAGCCCGCCCCCCUUUCAAGCAAAAUUCCAACUUGGCAUCCCCUGUACCUUAGGUAGCCCACCCCGACUCUGCCUGGCCCAACGAAGGGCUGAAAUACCUCCUUGCUGAACUCCAUCUGGCUUCUCCUUUUGACACACGAGACAUCACGACGGCUCUUUUCUUCUUCUUCUGCGCUUUCUUUGACUUCGACCCACUGGUCACCGACUCACACUUUUACUUCUUGUUGCCGCGGCUUCACACGUCCGCCUACUAUUGUCCUUUCACCCAUCUUUCUCCAUUUUGCUAUCUCGUAUUAGAAAUUUAAUCCACCUUCAAUGCGCAAUCCCCGAUAACGCGAUCCCUCCUCGAGCCCCUAAUCGCCGCCACGUCUCACCUUACCCGUCGCUGCUCACAGACUUGUCCCAUCGCCUAUCGAUCCUUCUCCCCGCUACCUGUGUAAUAGCCUUGAGGUGUCGCUGUCUCAACCUGCCAGCCUUCACGGCUUGCAUGUGUAUUUAAGUGGGCGGGCCGCUACCGUCAUCUUUGCAGUCAGAGAGCUCGAUCAUUCCAUACACACACAAACACACACACACAGCCAUGAGGCUCACAUCGCUUGCGCUGUUCUUCGGCGCGGUGACGGCGGGCCUUGCCCAGGCCAUUGGUGCCGAUAAGACAGAUGAUCCCGGCAAGGAGAACACAUAUUUCAAUGGCAAAAGGGUGCCUCCACUGCUUGAGCUGACCAGCGAUAACUUUAACGAGGAAGCCCAGGCGUCAAAAUUCUUGGUAGUCAAGUACUUCAACCCCUAUUGUCCUCAUUGUCAACUGUUCGCUCCGACAUAUCAAACCAUGUACGAAUUUUACUAUACGUCAACUGUAUCAGACGUGCCCUUCGAAAAGUACUACGACAUACGAUUUGCCACUCUCGACUGUAUGGUAAAUGGAGAUCUCUGCACUGAACAUGAGAUUCUCGCUUAUCCCCGUACGUACCUCUACAAGGACGGCAAACGUGUAGAAUUUGUGGGCGGCGCAAAGGAGAUGAAAGUAGUCUCCGAUAUGAUUGAGAAAGCCCUCGAGGAGGAGAAACCUGGUACACGACCGAAGGAACUCCUUCUGCCUGAGCCUGAAGCAACCGAAUCACCUGAUUAUACAAAGCCAAGAUCUUCAGAUGCCGAGAAAGAACAGGUGGAAAAGGAAGAUCUCACUGCUUCCAAGACAACCAUCGACGAUAUUCUAGAAUCCAAGGAGAAGACCAAACCUGCCAAGCCGACAGUUACCCCGAACAAGGAAGGAAACUCUGUCCCUCUCACUGCCGAAAGCUUCCAGGAGCUUGUCACUAUGACGCAGGAACCGUGGUUCAUCAAAUUCUAUGCACCUUGGUGCCACCAUUGUCAAGCCAUGGCCCCCAACUGGCAACAAAUGGCUAAAGAGAUGAAGGGCAGGCUCAACGUAGGCGAGGUUAAUUGUGACGUGGAAAGCAGACUUUGCAAAGAUGUCCGCCUCAAGGGCUACCCAACAAUCCUCUUCUUCAAAGGUGGCGAACGGGUUGAAUAUGAUGGCUUGCGAGGCUUCGGUGACUUCCUGAAUUACGCUGAGAAGGCUCUAGACAUAUGCGAGGGAAUCAAAGACGUUGAUGCGGCAUCCUUGGCCGAGUUGGAGAAAAAGGAGGAAGUGAUAUUCAUCUACUUUUACGACCGUGCCACUGCAUCUGAAGACUUCCAAGCCCUUGAGAGACUACCUCUCAGUCUCAUCGGCCGCGCCAAACUUGUUAAGACGGAUGACCCAGUGCUAUACGAUCGUUUCAAGAUUACCACCUGGCCAAGACUACUUGUUUCCCGGGAAGGCCGGCCCACGUACUAUACGCCUUUAACGCCGAGGGAGAUGCGUGACACCCAUAUGGUCCUAUCGUGGAUGAAAUCUGUCUGGUUGCCUAUUGUGCCGGAGCUUACGGCUUCCAAUGCCCGAGAAAUCAUGGAUGGAAAGAUGGUAGUACUUGGUAUAUUGAACCGGGAAGACAAGGACUCCUUUACCGGAGCUCUGCAUGAGAUGAAGGAAGCUGCCAAUGACUGGAUGGACAAGCAAAUCCAAGCUUUUCAGCUUGAGAGACAAAAUGCCCGUGAUGCUAAGCAAUUGCGUCUGGAAGAAGCUGAAGAUCGAGGGGACCAACGCGGUGUAAGAGCAGCCAAGAAUAUACGCAUCAAUAUGGAUUGGUCCGAUCGCAAAGAAGUUGCUUUUGCCUGGGUCGAUGGCACAUUCUGGCAGAGAUGGAUUCGAACUACCUAUGGAAUCGACAGUAAGGACGGCGAUCGGGUAAUCAUUAAUGAUGAAGAUAACCGAAGAUACUGGGAUCAAACUAUCAACGAAUACAACAUUGUUCCUUCGCGCGUGUCCAUCCUGGAAACUCUCUCCAAAGUUACCGCCAACCCGCCUCUCAUCAAGCCUAAGCUUACUAUUUCGAGCUUUGAGAAGGUCUUCUUCGACAUCAAGAUGAAUUUUAUCGAGCACCCUUACCUCAGCUUCGGCUGCAUUGCCGGCAUCGCUUUUGGUGUUUUCUCUUGGUACAGGGGUAAUCAGCGAAGAAACCGUUUGCCAUUCGGGUUAGAAGAAACCCUUCCCAUAAGGGAGUUCAAGGAUGGCCUCCUCGGCAAUAACGCCAACGGUAAGAACGACUGAGAGCACACAGUUCAUUUGGAGGAUAGAAGCGAAAACAAAAAACCACGCUGGCACCGUGGACAUCCCUUCCAGGUGCAACAUAGACACAGGAGUUCUGUAUAUUACGCUUUUUUGUCACGUCACGCCGCUUAUGUCCCAAACCCUCUCGGAUAUGAUGGUUGGGUGGCUGUGGAAAGGAAUCCAUCAAGGGUAUUGGUUAUGAACUGGGAUACAGCGGUACUACGUCCGGGGAUAGCGGGGGGAGUUGAUUUCCUUAUAUCAGCAUCAAUUCAGCAUCAAUUCAGCAUCAAUUCAGCAUCAAUGGCGGGGCCGACAUAGAUCGAAAGGGCCCAGACUAACAUGGUCACACCGCUAAUGACUGAUUUUGUGUACAAAAUAUAUGGUAUGACAUUGUGAUAGCGGGAAUAUCGUAGUAAUGUAGUCCUUUGACAAUAUAUAUAAAUAUUCAUAUCACCUG